CAGCAGCACCAAGAGUGAAUAGAGAAGGAAGAGCUUAGAAGAUGGUGGCGGAGAGAGUGCAAGGGCUGGCUCUGGCUGGUCUCGACAAGCUGCCCCCCCAAUUCAUCAGGCCCCUGAACGAGAGGCCGGAAAAUAGCAAGGCCCUGACGGGACUCCAUGUCCCCACGGUGUCAUUUUCUCCGGAUUGCAAGCAAGCAGCCAAGGGCAGCGAGGAAUGGGGCAUCUUCCAAUUAACAGAUCAUGGUAUUUCACCAGAACUUUUCCGUCGUCUGAAGGAGGCUGGUGAAGGAUUCUUCAGUCUCCCCCAAGAGUACAAAGAGCAAUAUGCCAAUGACUUUGCUGGCGGCGUCUUCGAAGGGUAUGGUACCAAGCUUGCGAAGAAUCCAGACCAGAAACUGGAGUGGAUCGACUACUUCUUCCAUUUCAUGUGGCCAACAUCGAGAGUCAAUUACGACAAAUGGCCCAAAAGCCCCCUGAAUUACAGGGAAGUGACAGAGGAGUACGGGGAAGAAAUGAAAAGGGUUGCGGAGGGGGUUCUGGAGGCUCUGUCGGUGGGGUUGGGACUGGAAGCAGGGGCUUUGAAAGAAGCAUUGGGUGGUGAGGAGAUGUCCUUGGAGAUGAAGAUAAACCUGUACCCCCCAUGCCCACAACCCGAGCUGGCCUUGGGAGUGGAGGCCCACACUGAUAUGAGCGCCCUCACAAUCCUCCUCCCCAACCAAGUACCUGGCCUUCAAGUCAUCAAAGAUGGGUCCUGGGUGUCUGUGGACUAUGUUCCUGAUGCCCUUGUUGUGCACGUGGGAGACCAGAUUGAGGUGUUGAGCAAUGGAAGAUACAAAAGCGUUCUCCACAGGAGCUUGGUGAGCAAGGACGAAACACGUAUGUCAUGGGCAGUGUUUUUCGUGCCUCCACCGGACAAAAUCAUUGGGCCUCUUCCCCACCUCCUAAACGAGACUAAUCCACCAUUGUUUUCAACUAAAACCUUCAAGGACUUCCAGCAUCGUAAGAUCAACAAGCUUUCUCAAUAAGAGCGCGCUCUCUUCUUGUGUUUGCUACGGGACCAAUAAUUAUCCCUUUAUGGUUUGACGCUUGGGAUCCUUUCUCAGUAUUUCCUUUGUAGGACUUUUAUAAGAACACCGAUAUAGUUGUUGGGUGUCUUAAGGGUUGAGAAAUAAAUAUUGAUAUUAGGGCAGUGGUUUCAUGUAUUGGUUGUAUCACAAUAUUAUCUCAUGACUCUUCUAGAAAAUCAUGUUUGUGGUAUUUGUAUGACACAAAAUUUUGCAUA